UGCGUUCAGGCUCCGCGAAACCGCCAGGGUUAAAGGUAAAGGGACUGGGGAAAAAAGGAAAUGAAGGCAGCCUGCGCGGCAGGUCGCUAUGGAAAAUAGCGGCCCCGAUUGGUAACCCACCGAUCCCCGGGGCGAGGCUGCUCACAACCGGCAGCGUUAACAGGAUAAGGAACACAAUUAGUGUAAACGUGGCGUAAUUUUCUGCACGAGUAACUGAUUUGCCCUACUCGCAUUUCGGCUUCCCCACUUCCUUGCAGGGAUCUAAAAUAUUAGGGCCUAUUUAUAGCAGUUCGUGCUUUCAAAUUAAUUUUUUCCUUUACUACAUCUGUUUUUAGUGGUUGAUUACUGUUUGUUGGACCAGGCAAUCCGUUGCCAGCUGGCUGCAGGCUUUUAUUGCCUCUGUUCUAGGAAGACUUGAUUCAGAGCUCACAGUUACAUUACAAGGACAGCAGCUCUGUAAUGCAGACCCUCAAGAGAAGAGAUAAUUAGAACUCAGCUGAAAAAAAAGCAUCCAGUUCUUCAGACCAAAAUACUCUUGUUUAAGGAAUGUGAUUGUUGUAGGCCGUUCAGUAGCAGUCUCUCUCUCUCGGAGCUGGUACACGCAGUUAGACCCUGCCCACUAUCAGAUAUUGAUUUGUAGGAGCAUCUCUUGAAAUGGAGCGAUGCCACCUUGUAGCGAGCGCAUCUUGGGAACUGUAUUUCUGCAAGCAGAGCAGGAGGAACGGUAGAAGGAUACGGUGGAGCAGGAAGAGAGCUGGAGAGGUGCUGAGAAGGCUCUGGUAUAGUCAGGGGGAGGAGAGAGACACAUUGCAGAGUACAGGAAGAACGAUGUGCUGGGAAAUGAUUAAUCCACCCCAAAGGCCCUUGCUUAGAAGUCGUGGGAUAAGUUCAAUGACUUUUAGCAGCCAUGAGCUACUUCUGCUCUGCUCUCAACUCCCUCCUUGCUCCUUUCAAGCGGACGCGGGGAAGCCCAGCGUCAUCCCUCCUGCCCAGACGCCACGUGCCCCAGCAGCAUCCCUCGCCCCUUCCCAGGGCUCUCUGGCAGCCCGUCCCCUCCCGUACACCCAUUUUACAGCUGUCCCGUGCUGCUCCACCUCUGGUUCUGAGAAAGAAAGGAUAUUCCAACAGUCGCUUACUGAACUCCACCCGAACGAGCACUCAGUGAGAUAGAAAGCAGCAUGAACGAGAGCGUCAGUGCUGAAAGGUACGGCGAUGUCAGUUCACUUCGCAUGGAUCUCUCCAACCUUGUCACCUGGGCACACACUCAUGGGAAUAUAUGCAAACAAAUCCCAGCCUUUGAAGUGGCGCAGACCUCGGGUCAUCCCGGCAGAGACAAUUCUAUUCUGUGGAUGUGUGGGGGUGGACAUGCAUAUCACUGGCCGUGUGGAAAAUUACACUUCAGAAGCAGAGAAGAGAAUGAAGCCGUAGAAAAGAGAAAGAGGCUAACGUCCUCCGAGGCUCCAUCAAGGGAAGCUAAUUCAGGUGGAAAAAGAAUCAGGGUAACCUCAUCUUUUGAGAGGGCUAGGACAGGCACUGUUGCCACAGGAUCACAUCGCAGAUCUCCAGGGGUCACUCAACAAAGGGAUGACACAGUCUACAUAGUACAUAAUGAACCAGCACCCAGAGAAAACCAGAAAAACAGCAAAUCCAUGAAACCCUGCUUUGCAGCGGAACAGCAUGUGUCAGUGUCCAAAGGUGAAAUCAAAACAGACGUACAUACAGUGAAGCUAGGAAGCAACGAAGAUCUACAAAUCAUCUCUGAUGAUGAACAGCAUAUGUCAGAUGCAGAAAACCAAGGAGACAGAAUCAGACAGAAUAUUCUUUCAGACUUACCACUAACUAGCUGUGUAACUGCUGAGGCAGAUUUGCAAAUGCAUCAUGAUCAGAAGACUGCAAUUAUCAAGCAGCCAGCCACUCCCACAUCUGGCUUCGCCCCCACAGAAAAGCCACCCUUAACUCUUCCCUCUAUUCUAAAAUCCCCUGUAAGCAAUGAAAAGAUCCUGGAAAGCAGCUUCGUGUGUCAAGGUCCUCCUAAUCCUGUGGAGUUCACAAGUGAAACUUCUACAGCAAGGAACUGCACUGGGUCAGCAACACCAAAAGAACAGUUAAAACAGAUUUCUGUCUCCAACGCUGAAGCAAAAUCCCAGCUGGAGUCACCCACUUCUGUGACAUUCUUUCAGUUUGAAGCCUCUGUAGAUGUCCAGCAGCAACUCCACCUGUGCUGUCCCGAGUGUGGCACACCAGGAACAGGCUUCAGUGGGAAUGGUACUGAAAACCCUCCUGAGGGGAGCAAACCGUCGGUAUCUGAGCUUACACCUCGUCAUUCAGCCUCACUGAGUCCGGAAAGCAAGAAUUCAGACCAUCCAUCUUCAAACAGAAAUGGGCUGAAGAAGAGAAACCGUAAUGCUGGCGACAUAAAGAUUUUCAGAGACUGGCUGGUUUUACAUUGCCCUUCUGAAGUGCGCGAGAUCUACAAGCUGCCGCCUGAAGACCUCGAUAAUUACCUGGCCUGGUUCUACAGUUCCGCAAAGAAACAAAAUGGCAUGGAUUUUUCCGCCAACUCUUUGUACUUCUUUCAGAGCAGCAUAGACAGAUACCUCAAGGAUCACAAUUACGAGUACAGCGUGGUUAAAGGAGCGGAAUUCAGAACAUCUCAGGAAGCCUUAAAACUAAGGCGUCAGCAUCUAUCUCAAAAAGAGAGAGAGGGAGAGUGGACUAUUUUAGAGAACCUGACAGAUGAAAACGUGGAUGCCCUUCGUAAGAACGGGCUGUUGAGUCAGAUGACCCCCCAGGGCUUUUUGCACCUGAUGCUCAUAAAUAUCAUUAGGGGGUUUGGGGCAAGCACACACAAUCAGAGCCAGAACCUGUACUGGGGACAGCUGGUGCUAAGAAAGGAUGAGGCAGGGCUGGAGUACCUGGAGUGGAAGAACGACCUCCAUGCAGAGGAAACUACAGGGGAAGCAGCUCCACACCUCUUUGCCAGGCCUGACAACCCAGAUAACUGUCCGAUCCAGGACUACAAGAAGUACGCUAAGAAGAGGCCGCUGGACAUGCUUCACGACUACGAUCCGCUUUAUCUGUCUCCCAAGCCCCUGUACUCCAUGUGGGACCAAGUAUGGUACUGUAGAAAAUCACUGACAAAAUCCAAAAUGGAAAAAAUGCUGAAAGUUAUUAUCCAGCAAGUCAAAGGAACUGAAAAGAAGGCCAAGAAGUAAAGGUAUCCGCUGAUUUCUGUUGUACCACUUCGAUAGGAGCCUGUUUCAGAGUAGCGUUUCAAAGGUUUAAGUAGCGAUAUUUAGCAGAGGUUGAAGAGAACAUCCAUCCCUUCAGUUUCACCUUCGAGCAUCUACAGAUUUGCGUUACUUUAGCUUUCAAGUGAAGUGAAAAACUUCUAUUAUUCUUUUUCUUAACAGAAUUGAUUAUUCAGGAAGUUAAAUAAAUAUGAGAAUUCUAUUUUUACAAAUGUGAAAAGUUAAUGUUCUACUGUAUUAUUAGUGACGUGAUAAAAUGCUAGCACUACCAGGGAGAGGGCUCCACAGCUGAAUAACAAGCUGCACUUGUAUUUAGGGGAGCUGACACUUGCAAACUGUAUUUAGUCUGCCGUGUAACAGCCUAUCAUAAAAAGAUAAAUAAUACGAGUUAGUUCUGGGGUGGAAGGAGGAGGAUGAAAUACCAUGUUUGCCAGCUGCUAAUCCAUAGCUCGUAGGAAUGCUUUCAACAAGGUUUAUGUUGUUUUUCUUAGUGAAAGAUUUGUAGAUUUAAGAAAUCCUGACUGUUUCAAAAGUUAUUUAAAUAUCUGACAGCGUUGAAAAGUUUUAUGGUGUUUUCCCCAGAGCACUAAAUAUAGCCACAUAAGUAGUCUUUGGUAGACGUAGUCAACUUCUUUCAGCUGUUUGGUCAAUAUACUCUCUAACAGUCCAGUCAAGUUGUUGGAGUGAAUUGUUGACAUGUUCUAAUAAAAUAAAGUCUUACUUAA